CGGUGGCAGCACCAUCAUUAUCAGCAGCAACAUCAGUAGGAAGAGGAGGAGGAGAGAUGGGAUGGAGGCUUUGCGUGGAGAGAGGGGGGAGGAGGCGAUUGGGUGAAAGUUCCCUUCUCUAAGAGGAGGAGAGAGGGAGGAGGAAAAGGAAGGCGAUCGAGUGAAUGUUCUUUGUUCCGGAGGUGGAGGAGGGAGGGGAGAGAGGGAAGGGAGAGGGAGAGGGAGGAUGUCAUCCUCUUCUGCGACUUCGUUAUGCUCUUCUUCGGCUUCGUCAAGCCACGUGGCAUCGUCAAGCCACGUGGCAGCUUCUCACUCCGGUUUGUCCCAUCAUGGGGCAUUGUCUGAAGCGCGCCGAAUGCUGAAAGAAGUGGCUUCUGCAGGAAGGAGGAGGAGGAAGCCAACAGAAUGCGACACGUCAUCCUCACCGAAUAAUGGUAGCAGUGGUAUUACCCAUUUCCCGCCAAAAUGCUCGCCAGCAUCGUCUUCAUCAUCAUGUCUUCCCUCUUCGUCGUCGUCAUCAUUACUAUUAGGAUCAGCAGCAGCAGGAGGAGCAGUAGGGGGAGGGGGAGGGGGAACGCCACCGCUGUCUGCUGAGCAAGACACGUGGCAGGUUGUGCAGACCUGUCUUGGUCUUCUUGAAGCUUUUGGAUAUGACCAUACCCCUCGACCAUGUGAAGAAACGGAUAAGGUUGGUAAAGGAUCAUUGGAUCUGGAAAAGGAUAAAGAUAAGCUGGAGGAGGAGGAGAAGGAGGAGGACGAGGAGGAGGAGUUGAAUUCGAGAGAUCGAACGGUCAUAUGGGCUGUUCUGGAGUUGAUCGUGCGGUGGGGAAUUUAUCCUGCGCUGAAAAUUGAGUUGGCAGAGGCCUUAGCCGGUAGAUUUACGAGUAGCAAGGGUGCGGCAUCAGUAGCGGCGGCAGCCGCGGUAACGGCGACAAAGAGGGGUGCUGACGUGGACGCUGCAUCUGCUGCCACGUCAGCGCUUGGCAGUUCCGAGCACUUCUUCGAUCAUGUCCAUGCUGUCCAAUCACCUGGUCCACGUGGACUUAUGGCUUGCGCAGAUGCAUUGGCAUCCAUCUUGUUGAAGGGAGGAGGAGGAGGAAGAUGGGAAGGAGGACGACGAGAAGGGGGAGGAGGGGGAGGAGGAGGAGGAGGAGGAGGAGGAGAAAGAUCAUCUAAGAGGAGUCGUUUGCGAUCAUUGAUUCAGAGGCGUGUGCUGUCGCAUCAUCUUGCUGACGUGGCAGCCGCUUAUCUCCAGUUGAUCCAUAGUUCUGAACAGUGCCACGUGGAGAGUGGACAUGAUAGAUACGCACAUCAGCCUUCCUCUCUCUCUUCAUCCGUCUCUUCACCUCCUCCUCCUCCUCCUCCUCCUCCCUCUCAUCAUCAUCCUGAGGAUAAAUCCUAUUCUUAUGCAGAUAAUGGAAGAAGUGCAAGUGCGCUUACUACUGCUUCUGGUCCUCUACUUGGGAAAACUGGUCCUGCUUGUGCUGUAUCUGCUGCUUCUCCAUCCUCCUCCUCCUCCUCCUCCCCCUUCUCCUCCUCGCCCUUGUCAUCGGUAUCCUCAUUAGCAGGAUCAGUAGAGACAUCAUCCACUUCUCUCUGUCUCGUGGAGAGGAAGUCCUUAGAAGAUAAGUUGUCCCUGCUAAUUGAGAGGAUUGCGCCUGAGUAUUCGGUCGAAGCAUUCAUGGCACUUCUGUCUCUACCGUCUAAGCAAGAAAGAGGAGAGAACCACGAGGAGGAGGGAGAGAGGAGGGAGAAGGUGGGUUGGAAUGGGAUGUCAGGAGGAGGAAGAGGGCGAGGAGGAGGGAGAUCCACUCCCUCUCCUUCUCUCCCAUCUAAGCCCCCAGCCCCGCUUUCGGCAGACCCGCAGUACACGUGGCUGCGUCGAUCGUGCGGGCGAAUUUUGUCGGUUGUGAUGAUGCGUCCCGACGGCGUGGCUUCUGUCCUGUCUCGCAUGAUUGGGUACGUUGACGGCGGCAAUACGUCCUUGUUUGCCAGGGCGGCAGCCCACGUGGCCUCGAUCCCGACCACCGUGGCGACCGCCGAGACCUACUACUCGAGUAUCUGUCCACAAUUGUCGUCAAUCCUUUUGAAUCGCGAUCGGGAUCGGGAUCGGGAUCGUCUUCCAGGCACCAAGAAGAUGGGGGGAGGAGUAGGAGGAGGAAGGGAUGAAGAGCAAGAAGAAGAACGGAUGGGUAGGAGUGGAAUGGGAGAAAGUGUGAUGAAGAAUGUGAGGUCGGCGGCUCUCCACGUGGCAUGCGACAUGAUUCGCAAAAGACCUGCUCUGGGGAAGAAACAUUUUGUGGAUCCUCUGCUUGUCCCCCUGAGGAAAUGGUUCCUCAGGAUGCAGCCACGUGGCAACAGGAGAAGCCGUGUGAUUUGUGUAGACAAAGUCUUGAAAGUCGGUCGCGAUCGACGGUCAGCGACGACCGAAGAGGAGGAAGAGGGUAAGCAGGAGAGGAACGAGGAGAUGCAGAAGGACGAGAGGAGGGAGGAGGAGGAAAGAAAAGGGGAGGAGUCGGAGAAGAGAGGGGAGAUUGAGGAAAACGAGGAGGUAGUCGAGGGGGAACUGGUUGAGUGUUUGUUGCAGGUUCAGGCGCUUCUGACCUUUGGUGGAAAGGGUGGGGACGUGGCCAGAAGAAUAGUCCUCGCAGAGACACGUCAGAUGGCUCCAAUGAUUUUCGAUCUGUAUUGUAGCGUUAGACUUUAUCUUCGAGAAAAGGCAAAGAAGGAAGAACUAGAAAGGAUACGGAGAGCGAAGAGAGUAGAAGGGGAAGAAGAAGAUAACAGAGAGCAGACUAAGGACGGCGCAUUCAGAGCUGCUUCUGCUGCCACGUGUGACAAAGAGAGCAGUAUAGGCAACAGCAACGGCGAAAGGGCGAUCAAGGGGAGAGCAGUAGGACGAAUGGGAGGAGGAGGAGGAGAUGGAGAAGGAGGAAUGGGGGUAAGUGUAGGGGAGAGAGUAGGGGGAAGACUAGGGCGAAGAGAGAGAGGAAGAGGAGGAGGAGGAGGAGGAGAAUAUCCGGGGCAAGUAGGAGUAGGGGGGAGAAUAGGGGCAGGAGUAGGGGGAAGGAUGGGAGGAAGAAUAGGGGGUGGAUUAGGGCGAGGAGAGGGGGGUGAGAGAGGAGGAGGAGGAGGAGGAGGAGGAGGUCCGGUGCUGAGAAAAGGGUUUCUUGAGAGAGGUCUUGACUUUGAAUGGGACUUAGCCACUGAUGGAAGAAGUGCUAGAGCCAUCAGGAAUGUCAGAGCAGCCUGUGCAGAUAUACUUGGUGCCCAUUUCGCUGCUUCUGAGGAUGAUGUUGGCUCUGCUGUUUCGGCCUGUGACUGUGAUCUUGGUGAUGAAGAGGGGGAUGGUAAUCGUGGAGGAAGAGGAAUUGAUGUGCUUUGGUCUUGUGUGACUCCUGGAGGUAGCAGAAGGGGUAGGAGGAGCAGUAGUUCGGGAAAGAGGAACGGUGAGCAGGAGGAGAAGGAGGAGGAAUGGAGAUCGAGAUUGAUGAAGCCCAGACGUAAGGGAGGAGAUGGAAGAGGAGGAGGAAGAGGAAAGGAGAUGGAACUCGACAAAGGGCAAGAGGAAGGGGGGAGGAGAGAAUCUGUAUGCGUACUGUGGUGGCCGUCGAAGGAUGGCGGAGAGGUUGCUGAUGCUGUUGACCUGGCUGCUUCCAGGCUGACGUGGCGCCACAGGGCAUGGUUUGCCAGUGUUCUUAUCGAAUCGGAUGAUUGGAAACUUGCAGCAGAUUUGAUGCAUCUGCUUUUGGAUAAGCUUAUCCAUUUGAGGAAGGAAUAUGGCAUCAGAGGCGAAAUGGAGGAGUGGCAGAAUCAAGGGCCAGCAGCCACAUCGUCGCUAAAUUUAGCACAACAAGAGGUGCAUCGUGAAGAGGAGUCUAAUCGAAGGCGAAGGAGCUUAGUCCCUCCCUCACAAUCAUCCUCCCCCUUUGCCGUGAUUGUGGGAGAAGGGAGGGAGUUGGCCAUCGCUCUCUCCGAGGUGUUGGACACAUUCUCAGAGCGAAUCGGUAUUCGUGCUCUGCAGCAAAGUGGGGCCUGCACGCUUCGGCUUGUCAAGAACCUGCUGGAAAAGGGUGAUGUCCUAACGGACAUCGGGAUCCUAGUCAAACUGCUGGUUCUGGUACAAUCAUUGGUCUCAAGUGCCAGAAGGGCUGUCAUGCUUAAAGGCCUUGUUGAAGGGAUUGAAAAUGAGAACAAGUUGCAGAGCAAUGAGGCGAAGGACCUCCUCAAUGAACUCCUUCCUUUGUUGAAAAGGAUUGACGACAUGUACCCUGCAGAAAGCCCCGUUGUGGGAAUCACACAGGGCUUGCUUAAGGCAAUCCCUGACAUCAUAGCCGAUCAUUCGUGAACGACCUUAUGAAAACCAAAUCAGUCAAUGAACAAAAGGAAUGAAUGAAUCCAUACAUG